AUUAAUUAAAGAGAUAUCAGGACAAAAAUAAAUUUACAUCACAUUAUAUAACAAGCUUAUGUAUCAGUAAUUAUUGCGAUCACUUAAUUCGUGUCUUGUUCAAUUUAUUUAUGUACAUAUUACCUUCUGGUGUCCAAUGUCUAAUUGCAUUGACAUCAUUAUAGCACUUAAUCGAAUCAAUCUGCAAACCUAUAAGAUAAGCGAAAAUAUGUUCUGUCAUUGCCAACUUGUCAUCGAUAAGUGAUGUCCAACGUUCACGGUCAAUCAGUACGAGACAUCUCUCACACCUCUGCAGGCAAACAUUCUGCUGCUUUCUUCCUGGAUUUGCACAAAGUUCAGAGAAAUAUUUUUUGCAAACAUGAGACAAUCUUUAGCGAUUGGGUUAACCAUCUUGUCAACUUUCCUGGUUGCAAAUGCAACUCAAAAUUUUGUCUUUCCUAGUGAUCAAGCAGGACAAGAAAAAUUGUGGAAUGAUACAAUUCAAGCGAUUUUGAAAUUUAAGGAAGAGUUCGAAUCCAGAAGUCCAGCAGACGUUUUGCAGGCGGAGGACGGAGAUGCAUCGUUGACUGUGCCAGAGGUUAUCCUGCGAUAUGGAUACCCUGUCGAAGUUCACAAUAUUACGACGGAGGAUGGCUACAUAAUUCAGGCCCACAGGAUACCGUACGGUUUAGCGUGUGGUGCAGUUAAUGAGGGUUCGCCGAAAAAACGGGUCGUGUGGAUGCAACACGGACUGAUGGGAGACUCUUCUAACUGGGUCAUCACGGGGAAUAAGAGUAGAGGAUUGGGAUUCGCCUUGGCCGAUGGUUGUUACGAUGUGUGGAUGGGCAACUAUCGAGGAAACACAUACUCCACGAUGCAUACAACUUUACUCCCAAGCCAGCCCGAAUUUUGGGAUUUCUCAUGGCACGAUCUUGGCAUGUAUGACAUCCCCGCUGGCAUCGAUUACGUUCUUAAUCACACCCAAGCCGAGUCUCUCUACUACAUUGGUCACUCCAUGGGGACGACGGGCUUUUUCGUCACGAUGUCUGAAAGACCGGAAUACAACGCCAAAGUUAAACUUAUGUCCGCCUUGGCGCCAGCGUUAUUCAUGUCGCACUCGACCUCCGUCAUCACUCGGCUCCUGGUAGAAUUAUUUGUUCCAAUAAUUGACCAAGUCCCAUACGUUGAGGCAUUUCCGAUCGAGUGGACGAAAGACUUGGCGGCAGAGCUGUGCAAACGAGGCGCGCCGACGCAACCACUCUGUUCCAUAAUAUUAUAUCUCAUCGGAGGUAAAAAUGAGCCCCAAUUGGAUUUGGAUAGUUUGCCAGCGAUUCUUGGCCAUUCGCCGGCCGGAUCAUCAACUAAGACGUUCAUGCAUUACGGCCAAGGUAUAGUGUCCGGGCAAUUUGAAAAGUUCAAUUAUCGCGGUGCAAACCCUGAUAAAUAUAACGGCUCUCUAACUCCGCCAAAAUAUGAUCUUGGAAAAAUUACGACACCGAUUGCGAUUUAUUAUGGGGAUAACGACUUUCUGGCCGACCCGCAGGAUGUGCUACGUGGAGCACGAGAAUUUUCGACACUAGUCAAUUUGCACAGGGUAAAUGACACCCUCUUCAGUCAUUUGGAUUUCGUAUGGGCAUUGGAUCAGGGAACAUUGAUUAACAAGCCGGUCAUGGAUUUUAUGGAAGAAUUUGCUAACCGCCUACCACCAAAUGGCGUGGCUGGAAGGGUGCAGUUUAUGAAUGGUUUACUAUCGAUGACCGUUAUCCUUGUAAUAAAUAAAAUGUUGUAAUUUGUAUUUACAUGAUAAAUAUUUGAAAAUAAUAGGAAUAAACUUAUGUGUAAUUAAGCAACGCA